UCGUAGCAGCUAGGAAUGGGCUCGAAGCAGCAGCCCGCGCUCCGGCCGAGCUCCACCGACGGAGGUUGCGGCGGCGACCAUGGCAGGGCGGCGUCCGUGAGGGAGCGGUCGAGCGUGACGAACGCGUCCUUCAGGGUCUACUACAGCCUGCGCGCCGGCGCCGUGCCGUUCCUCUGGGAGUCCGCGCCCGGCACGCCAAAGAGGGGCGCGGCCGCCGUCUCCCCGGAGUCGUCCCUCCCAGCCACCACAGCGACCAGCAGCGGCGCUGGUGGUGCUACGCUGCUGCCUCCGCCCCCCUCGCCGCCGCCGUCGUACCAGUCGCCGUUCCAUGGGAAGGGGAGGAAGCCGUCCUGGGCGGCCGCGGCGGGAGACAUUGUGAGGGCGCUGCUCGGCGUGCUUCGGCUCAGGAAGAGCCACCGCCGGUCGCGCCGGCGCCCCGACAUGCCAUGUAUUUGAACUUGCAACUUGUUUGCUGUAGUACGUACACGCUUGAUUUCUGGAAAACAUCACUAGUAGCAAUUAAAAGCUCUUUGGUUUUAGGUUUUUCUUAAUGCAUACAGUACGUGCUUUAUCUGCUCUCUACUAGUAUUGUUCAUGGUGGUGUCCAUUUUGGUUUCUUUUAUGUAACAAACUGAAAACCUUGGGACAAAUGUCAAAUGGGUUGGUGCAUUGGUUUGUUUGGGUAUUCAGAAUGGGCGGUUGUUUGCUUU